AAAUUAUCCAUAUGAUAAAAAUGAUGUUUUUAAUAUUACAUAAUAACGAAAAUGAAUUUUUGAAAUUCUUUUAAUAAAUUUAGUUAUGUUUUAUAAAACUACAAGUGUACGUACAAUGCUCCAAAACACUUUAAUAAUUAGGUAUCCUUGGAGACGGUGUGAUCAAUGUGUAAAAUUCUUAUCUUUACAAGCACAAGAGAAAAGAAUUGGUCCAUUGGAUUUGUAUUCAAAAAAAAUAUCAGAGGGUUUGCUUAGUAGAGACACUCACCAAGAAGAUGUUGUCAAACAGUUAGAAUACGUAUAUCAAGAAGUUGUCAAUUUUAAGCGCCCAGCAACAGCCGCCAAACGUAAUCCUAUAUUUUCGUUUUUUAAGAGAAGCGAACCGCCAAAAAUAUUAGCGCCACAAGGGUUGUACAUAUAUGGAAGUGUUGGAGGUGGAAAAACCAUGUUAAUGGAUUUGUUCUAUGAGACAGCCCCGAUCAAAGAAAAGUUAAGAGUACAUUUUAACUCAUUUAUGUUAAAUAUCCAUUCAAGGAUCCAUGAACUUAAAAUCAAAUCUGGAAAAGGAGCAAGUUCUUUUAAAGAUGAAGGAUCAAAACCAUUUGAUCCCAUACCACCUGUGGCAGCAGAUAUAACCCAAGAAUCAUGGCUAAUUUGUUUUGAUGAAUUCCAAGUGACUGAUAUUGGUGAUGCAAUGAUAUUAAAACGACUCUUUACACAAUUAUUUGAUAAUGGUUGUGUUGUCAUUGCAACAAGUAAUCGGCAACCUGAUGACCUAUAUAAGAAUGGAUUACAAAGAGCUAAUUUCCUGCCAUUUAUACCUAUAUUAAAAGCGCAUUGUAAUGUUGUACAACUUGAUUCUGGAAUUGACUACAGGUUGCAAGGAAGUGGUGGCAAAUUUGGAAAGUAUUUCAUAAACAAUGAGUUAACACCAGGAAACAAUGGUGUUGAUAAUCUUUUUAAAUUUCUGAUAUCAAAAGAAAAUGAUACAGUAAGAGUAAGAGUAAUUAAUAUAUUAGGAAGAAAUGUUAAAUUUGCGAAGAGUUGUGGGCGUGUCUUAGAUUCAACAUUUGAAGAAUUGUGUGACAGACCCCUUGGUGCCAGUGAUUACCUCAUAUUAUCUAAAACAUUUCACACUGUGUUCAUAAGAGAAUUGCCUCAACUGUCAAUUGUCAAACAUAGGUCACAGAUUAGAAGAUUUAUAACAUUGAUUGACACAUUUUACGACAACAAAGUGCGGGUUGUCAUAGCUGCUGACUGUGAACCAAAAAACUUAUUUAAUUUAGAGGAUACAAAAGAUGGGUAUGGCGAUGCUGAUAGAGCUCUAAUGGAUGAUUUGAGUAUUUCAAAGGAUUCGGAAAAUUCCCGAGCGGCCAUUUUCACAGGUGAAGAAGAAAUGUUCGCUUGUGAUAGAUGUCUCUCUAGAAUAAUGGAAAUGCAAACGGACGAAUAUUGGGAGAAAUGGGGUAAAAAUAUAUGAUCUUCCAUAUCAUAGUAAUUUUGUGUUCAUUAGUAAAAUUUUAUCAAAUAGUUAUUAUGUAUUUAUAUUUUCUUAAUUGUACAAUGUACUUAAGACUUUUAGUGCCUUUUUAGAAGUGUUUUUCUAACACCUCAUGGUACAAAUUUUUAAUUUAGCUUCAAAAGGUGUAUUAUGUUGCUAUUUAAAUACGAGUGUGUUUAAUUACCUAGUCUGUCAUUGAAUUUUACACGUAUUAAGGGCCCCAAAAUACGCUUUAGCGUAUAGAAAUAAAGACUAUAGAAAUGACGCGCCUCGUAGUCUGUGCGGAAUGAGAACUAUCAUGGCCGAGAUCUAAUUUACAACAAUUAUAUAUUUUGACAUUAACUUCUGUAUAACUGUAACGACUUAACAGAUUCGUCAACAUAAGAAAGAAGGUAUUGCAAUGAUCUGAAGUCCCCGACGGUUCUCUUUCCGCACAGACAAGAAAUUGUAUGCCUCGUGGCAUAGUAAUGGAAACUCUUUGGUGAUACAAACUUCGUGUUUUAAAUUAAUGAUAUUGUUCAUAAUUUAAAUACUACGAAAAAUUAUUAGGACUCCUUUGUGAGUGUUCAUUAGUAUCUUAUUAUAUUAUAAUUUAACAUAAAAUGUAAGUAUUGGAAAAUUAAUAUUUUUUUUAAAUAUGCUUUAAAUCUUAUUCCAUUGCUAUUGUAUUGAGGUGAAGGAGAUGUAUACAUCAUCUGUCGGAUACAUGAUGGAAUUUUUAAGCUAUACUAGAGAAGUAUUCUAAUGAUAUAUUUAUUUUUAUACUUAAAGCAGAUUUUACGUAAACCUUAACAACCAAUGUAUUAAUUUCUCUAGCUUCCGCAAAUCGGUCCAGGAAAUUUGACAUAAAAUAUUUAUCGAACAUUAAAAAUCAACAUGCUUUGUGUUUUCUUAAAUUCUUGUUUACAUAAAAUUUGCUACUAAUGGUACUACCCCUCUUCCAUUAUCAAAUUCCAUCAAUUGUAAUAUAUAUUUCUGAAUAACAUAAAUUAAUGAUUUCAUUAAAAUUAGAAGGGUUGUGAAGUUAAUUUUUUUAUAACAAUUUUUUUCCAUUUUGACAAGAUAUGUUUACUGUCGAGAGUAUAAACGCACAUAUAUUUGUAAUGUUUUGAAAUUAUACAGUCUUGUUGUAUUGUUACAGUAUUAAGCGACAUUGUAGUUAUUAAUUUUUAUUGAAUAGCUUGGAUUUUUUGGUCUAGAUUGUAAGUUGACAUCAUUCGUUAUUACGAAUCAUACUCUAAAAUCUUAUACUGUAUUGUCUCGUUCACUUCUUAUCCGUACAAGUCUUUACUCUGUGAGGAAAGUAAGUUUAGCAUGAAUAUUUUGAUUGUUCCGUCAUGUAAACGGUAAUACAAUAAUGUCAGUUUUGACAGUUAAUCCUAUUAAAAUAAUCUAUGUAAGUGCUUCCGAUUAGUUUCACAAAGCCCUUUAAGUUGCCUAUACAAAAUUGUAAGUUUUCGUUUACAAGACCUAUUUCCUGAUGAGAACUUUUUAAAACUAUGCUGAAAAAAUCUUAAAUAUUUAAUAAUUAAGUAAAACUUUUCAUAGACAAUAAUUCACCUUAUAGUACCAAAUCAUCACCAAUCAUCAUUUUGUGAGUUUUUAGUCGUUAAAAAUAUUUAUUUUCUGUUAAAUAAA